AUGAUAGGAGUUGUUUUAGUUUUGUUAGUAUUAGGAAGUGAAGGGAGUUCAUUUAAUUUAAGUGAGGAUCCACUUAAGUUAUUUGAGCAAUUUAAACAAGAGUAUAAAAGAGAAUAUUUAAAUGCUGCUGAAGAGUUAAGAAGAAAAGCUGUUUUUAUAAAAAAUGUAGAGACGAUGAGAGAGCACAACGCAAAAGGAAGUUCAUAUAGAAUGGGAAUUAAUAAAUUUGCAGAUAUGGAAGAUAGUGAACUUCUUGCAGCAUCAAGUAGAAUACAAAAUAAUAGAAGAAUGGGUGCAAAAAGAAUUCAAGAAAUGAUUAAAAUGGAAAAAGUAAGUCCAACAAAACAAACUCUUAAACAAGCUGUUCCAGCUAAUUAUACAUUAUGUACUUCUGCAGCAGAAUAUAAUUAUUGUGGAACAAAUAAUAUUAAUCAAAAUACAUGUGGUGGGUGUUAUGCAGUUGGACCAGCUCAACACUUAUCAACAAUCUAUGCUUACCUAACUAAACAAGCUAAUAAUGAUAAACCAAAAAGAAAAUUAUUAUCUGCCCAACAAUUACUUGAUUGUAACACUGUGGCAUGGGGUGGAUGUGGAGGAGGAUUUGCUGAAGAUGUUCUUAAUUCAAUAAAUGGAAUUUAUUAUGCAGAUGAUUAUCCAUUUAUUGAUGCUGAUAAAGAUUGUGAAGAUCCUGAAGAUUGUGAGAAGUUUAAACAUGAAUGUAAAUCAUUAGAAGUUGAAUAUCCAUUAAAAUUUGCUACUGAAAAUAAAUUUACUCACUUUGACAAUAAAAAUUGGGAAGAAAUAAAAGAAAUUAUUUAUAAAUAUCAUGGAUUUAUUAGUGCAAUGAAAGUUACUAGUUCGUUAUAUAGAUAUGAAGGUGGUAUUUAUAAGUCUGAAAGUUGUACUGGACAAAUUACUGAUCACGUUAUUACUGUUGAUGGUUAUGGAGAAUGUGAUGGACAUAAAUUCCUUUGGGUAAGGAACUCUUGGGGAAAUGAUUGGGGAAUUGAAAAUGGACAUUUCAAAAUUGAUUGGAAUACUCUUUGUGGUAUUAAUGGUGUUGAUGUAUUUAGGAAUGGUAAUUCACUUCAAAAUAAUUUAUAUGUUGAAAUGGAAUUAGGGGAUGGUGAUAUUGCUGAAUAUAACCCUGAAGAUGGUGCAGGUGAUGAUAAUGAAGAUCCAAUUGGUUGUACCAUUGUUCCUUCAUCUGGUGAUCCAUCCAAUGGUCCUGAUGAUAACAAAACAACAGGAGUUGUUAUGGUUUUAUUCAUCUUCUUAAUGAUUUUCUUCAUCUAA